AUGGAUGAUUUCAAAGCACACUUUAGAAUGUCAAGAGAAACUUUUCAGACACUAUUGAUUUAUUUACAACACUUGAGAAAUGUCGAAGAUAAAGUUCCAUUUCAAAAAAAGCUUCUUUUUUCAAUUUGGAUCUUGGCGAAACAAGAAUCUUUUUUAGCCGCUGGAGAUCGGUUUAAUUUAGCUAAAAGCACUGGCCAUCAUAUUUUUUUGGAAACAAUCUCACAAAUUGCAGAAUUACGACGUGAAUUUAUUAUAUGGCCAAAUGAUAUAGAAAGACAGUAUACCUGGCAUUAUAGGAGCUAUCGACGGAACCCACAUAUAGCCAUAAAAGCACCACAACAUAAUUUUGUUGAUUAUUAUAACAGAAACAAUUACCAUUCAGUGAUUUUGCAGGCUGUUUGUAAUGACAGAAAAGAAUUUAUAGAUGUUUUUGCUGGUAUAGCAGGAAGAGUUCAUGAUGCUAGAGUGUUUAGACAAAGUCCUUUAUUUGCUUUGCUAACUGGAAAUGAUCCUCCAAUACAUGAGAAUCAACAUUUAUUAGGAGAUAACGCUUAUCCAUUGCUUCCAUUUCUUAUGAAGCCAUACAGAGAUAAUGGUCAUCUCACAUCAGAAAAAACGAGAUUUAAUGAUUGA